CGGCAUGUCGCCUCGGCGCUCCGUCCAGCCAGGGCCACUCUCCGCCGGGAGGCGGGACCUGGACGCCGGGUGUCCAUAACAAUGGAAGCAGUGUCUCUUGGCCAGAUUCCUUAUUGCUGUAUCUCAUGAGCCUACCUGAUCUCGAGGAAGAGCCGUAUUUAAUGAUGACAAGCCUGUCACCAGUAUAGCAACAAGAAGGGAAAGGACCACAAAUAAAGAAGUAUUUAGAUUUCUAUUGCACAAGGAAGAUAUCUCCGUGAACAGCCUCUGCUGCGCUACCUUUUCCCAAGAUGAACCGCUACACAACCAUGAGGCAGCUGGGGGACGGCACCUAUGGGAGUGUGCUCAUGGGCAAGAGCAACGAGUCCGGGGAGCUGGUGGCCAUCAAGAGGAUGAAGAGGAAGUUCUAUUCUUGGGAUGAGUGUAUGAACUUGCGAGAAGUUAAGUCCCUGAAGAAACUCAAUCAUGCCAAUGUGAUUAAACUAAAAGAAGUUAUCAGAGAAAAUGACCAUCUUUAUUUCAUAUUUGAAUAUAUGAAAGAAAACCUCUAUCAGCUAAUGAAGGACAGAAACAAACUGUUCCCUGAGUCAGUCAUCAGAAAUAUUAUGUAUCAGAUACUGCAGGGGCUGGCCUUUAUCCACAAACAUGGCUUUUUUCACAGGGACAUGAAACCUGAAAACUUGCUUUGUAUGGGUCCAGAGCUGGUGAAAAUUGCUGAUUUUGGACUCGCAAGAGAAUUGAGAUCCCAGCCACCAUAUACUGACUAUGUGUCUACCAGAUGGUAUCGUGCUCCUGAGGUUUUACUAAGAUCUUCGGUGUACAGCUCCCCCAUUGACGUGUGGGCCGUGGGAAGUAUAAUGGCCGAGCUAUAUACAUUUAGACCGCUUUUCCCAGGGACAAGUGAGGUUGACGAAAUAUUUAAAAUUUGCCAAGUGUUAGGGACUCCCAAGAAAAGUGAUUGGCCAGAAGGGUACCAACUUGCAUCCUCCAUGAAUUUCCGCUUUCCCCAGUGCAUUCCUAUAAACCUAAAAACUCUCAUCCCCAAUGCCAGCAGUGAGGCUAUUCAGCUCAUGACAGAAAUGUUGAGCUGGGAUCCAAAGAAACGACCAACCGCAAGCCAGGCAUUGAAACACCCAUAUUUUCAAGUCGGUCAGGUAUUGGGCCCUUCCGCACACCAUCAGGAUGCAAAACAGACUUUAAACAAGCAGCUGCAGCCACUGGAACCAAAGCCAUCUUUCUCUGAACGGGAUCCUAAGCCUUUGCCAAACAUACUUGAUCAGCCUGCCGGGCAGCCCCAACCAAAGCAGGGCCACCAACCAUUGCAGCCUAUUCAACUACCACAAAACACAGUGAUCCAGCCACCUCCAAAGCAGCAGGGUCACCAGAAACCACCACAAACGAUGUUUCCAAGUAUCAUCAAAACCAUGCCCAUGAAGUCAGUCAGCACACUGGGCCAUAAAGGAGCUCGGAGACGCUGGGGCCAGACGGUCUUCAAGUCUGGAGACAGCUGUGAUGACUUUGAGGACCGCGACUUCGGGGCCUCCCAUUCCAAAAAGCCGAGCAUGAGCGCCUUCAAGGAAAAGAAGAAAGAGACUUCAUUUAGGCUCCCAGAGUCGGGACCCCCAGGCUCCACCCACUCCAAGGGGGAAAAUAGGAGUUUACACCCGGCUGUUUCCCUGAAGUCCGAUACAAACUUGUCAACUGCUUCAACUGCUAAGCAGUACUAUUUGAAACAAUCAAGAUACCUCCCAGGUGUGAAUCCCAAGAACGUGUCUUUGGUAGCCGGGGGCAAGGAUAUUAACGCACAGGCUUGGAAUAGUCAACUGUUUCCUAAGUCAUUGGGAUCCAUGGGGGCGGAACUUGCCUUCAAGAGGAAUAAUGCAGAAGAAAGCAUUAUUAAACCGAUUGAACACCUGUCAUGCUCUGAAAAGUCCACUGAGAAGCUAGAGGACCGGCAAGGAACCCUUGGAAGCUACACCACUUACAACCAGACAGGAUACUUGCCUUCCUUUCUCAAGAAAGAAGUGGGGUCAGCUGGCCAGAGGAUCCACUUGGCACCUCUUGGUGCGACGGCUUCGGAAUAUGCUUGGAACACAAAACCUAGCCGAGGCCCGUUUUCAGGACGAACUUACAACCCCACAGCAAAAAAUCUCAAUAUCAUGAACCGCACACAGCCGGUCCCCUCGGUGCACGGGAGGACAGACUGGGUGGCUAAGUAUGGAGGCCACCGGUAGGAGGGGUGGACACCCUGAAACGUCACUCCGCAGAGGACUGUCCAGCCCCUGACCCUGGGAGAUGUCUACAGUCUAUUUCUACUGAGUUCCCCAAGAAACACACUACUGUGGGUACCUCAAACAGCAGAAGUCGGCUCCCGUUUUCCUCCUUUCCUGGAAAUGCAAUGCGUUUUCUUACUCGUGGCCCGCAGUGCUGAUGCAGCACCGUGCCGAGGACAUUGGAGCGGGAUUUUACAGAGUAUUGAAUAAACUAUUUGCCAAAGUAUCAAGUAUUUGAUCUACAAAUUACUAGACAAGUGCAUACGCUUUUAUAGCUAUGACUCUGGUAAGUAAGGGUAGAGAAUUUCACUCUUGCUUGCUGCCUGUUAGCCUAAGCUAUUGUUCUGGUCACUGCAUAGACCUAGUGGCCUGAGCAGUUGGCAUAGUGGGAGGCAAGCCUCUGGGUGGACUUGGCGGUGGCUCUCUCCACCUCGGCAGUGUCAGGAAGAUGGUAGUUACCUUUUGGUUUUCUACAUUUGGAACUCAGAGAGGAGUGACGGGGCAUCUCUUAGCGGGAAACCAGCUUCUCCCCAGCCUCGAGAGACAAGCAGAGCGUGCCAGGCUGACGUGAGCCCUGUUGCCGGACCUUGAGCAAACUGAACUCAAGAUGCCCACCAAACUCUGUGGCUGGUAAAUUCUACAUUGCUCACACCAGUGUUCUCGUCGUCUCACCAUUAAGAACGUUCUGGAAACCAUAUCUGAUGCUUGUUCAUCUGACUCUCCAACUCUUGCUUUUGUGUUUCUACCGGACACAAAGGUAAAGUGUGCCAGCUGGCCCCCAGGCAAACCCUGGCUGCUGCAGGUUCUGAUCUUCAAGUUCCAGCCACAGGGUGAACACGCUCAGUUGCCACAGUUUUGUGUAGUUCAUUGUCCUUAGUUUUGUUACUAAAUUGUUUUUUAAUAGAUAUUUUGAAGUUGGACUAUUUUAAACCUGCCACUUGCUCGGCUGGACAUGAUUAGUACUGUAUAUUCUUUAAAAGAAUAAUGUUAUUGCCUGCUAAUAUUUUUAUGUAUGUCUGGCUUUGUAAUAGAUUCUGAUAUAAUUGACAUCAUUUUGUGGGCAUUGCUCAUAGGCACAUUAUCAAAUCAUAUAUUUUUGUAUAGAAGAUAUAGCUGUUCAUAUUUACAUGUUUAAAAUGUUAAACUUGAAAUGGUAAUUUAUCCUGGCUAUGUGGUUAUGUGUAUUUGUACAAUUUUAUUGUCUCAGAGCUAAUAAAAAUUCCUUGGUGUUUCUGAGAAACAUGGACUCUGAUUACAUAUAAGGUUAACUAG